GUCGCGGCGCGGCUUCUGUGAGUGAGGAAAUGAGAGCUGGGUUGUUGCCGCAACAGGAUGGCGCGCGUGGCAUUGCAAGCACCCUCUGCGUUAGAUUAGGGCGGAGAAGCUGGGGUUUCGGAGGCCCUGGUGGUGCUGAAACAGAGACGGGAGCUGUAGAUCUCCCAAGCGUUAGAUAAUGGACAGCGCUAACGGCAGCGAGGAGGAUGCAUUGUGGGGGAAUGACGAUGACGGCGGACAAUGGAGCCAUCAAGACUUGCCCAACGACGUGGAGGUGCUCAAACGCAUAUGGCGCAAUGAGAAAUCGGCCCCUGAAAUUUUGGGCUACGAGACGUUGCUCGUGGAGCGCGUCCGAGAACAGAUCGCUCUGAUGGAGGAGAAUCUUGCAGCGUACGCGGAGAGCUUGGACGACGUGAUGCUGUCGCUCUUUGAAAUGGACGUGAAUCGGCUCAUGUUCCUGUUACGAGCGUAUCUUCGCGUUCGCUUGUCGAAAAUUGAGAAAUUCGCGUUGCACAUUAUGAGGACCGCAGAAUUGUGGGACCGUCUUUCUGCACAGGAGCAGGAGUACGCGCAGAAGUUCGUGGAUGUCCUGUCUAAGCACAUGCACGACUCCGUUUUGGGAAAGUUGGAGAAAGCGUAUGACUCGAUGGUGAAGCAAGCUGCUUCAAGUGAGGAGAACGACAUGAUCGUGGAGCCGCAGUUGGACACAUAUGUCUUCUGCAGAAGUAAAACCGCUGUGGGUUCAUUUCAACUCGACGAUAAAGGCGAUGAAACUGUGGAUUUGAUGCCAAACGAUCUUUACAUCCUUAGGUACAGACCUGUGAGGGGUCUUUUAGGGACCGACAGCAUCGAACUUGUAUGAAUUAUAAAUGCAAGCCUGAAACUCACGACGGGGAAAGAGAAUCUUAUGUCAGGUUAACUCUCUAGUCUUUGAAAUCUUGACUUUCAAUGACAAAGAGGAUAUGUCUGCAUCUUGUACUCGGUCGCCUCACGAAGUCCUAAGCCACUCGUCAUGGAGGGGAAAAGUUAGUGAAGAAUUUAGACUAUUGUGCAGGAUUUCGCGCUUCAAUUUGAACAAUUACUAGGGAUUAGCAUCAGCCAUUCAUUAAGGUACUUCAAAUCCAUUAUUUCUCCAUGCAUAACCCUUUGAAUGCUAGUAUUUUUUUCGAUCUCAAAACCAAUCGAGGUUUUUAGGGUUUCAGUUCUUUUGGGCCUUAUUGACUGUUCGAAAUCCGCGUUGCAGGGGGGAGGGGGGUUCUUCAUUAAGCUUAUUUGUAUUUGCCUAAUUGCAGUCUUCUGUCUACUCGUGCUUUUCUCUAGUCUAAUAAUCCAGCAUAUUCUGUUUAUUUAUCUCUGUAAGUAAACAUCUGAAUGCAGAGAUGUUCGACGAAACCUUGACCUUUUCUUAAACACAACUUAGAUCGUCUUUUACAGUGAAUAGACAAUAAUGUAGCAGAUGCUGCAUUGAAGAUUUUCUUUGA